AUGGCGCCCACCAAGCCCAGCUUUCAGCAGGAUCCUUCCAGGCGAGAACGUUUACAAGCAUUGAGAAAGGAGAAAUCCCGAGAUGCUGCACGCUCCCGCCGGGGAAAAGAAAAUUUUGAGUUCUAUGAAUUGGCCAAGUUAUUGCCUCUUCCUGCAGCCAUCACGAGCCAGCUGGACAAGGCGUCCAUCAUCCGACUUACAAUUAGCUAUCUGAAAAUGAGGGACUUUGCUAACCAGGGGGACCCUCCAUGGAACUUGCGAAUGGAAGGCCCACCCCCAAACACAUCCGUAAAAGUUAUAGGUGCACAACGAAGGAGAAGCCCCAGUGCACUGGCCAUUGAAGUAUUUGAAGCCCAUUUGGGAAGUCACAUUUUGCAGUCCCUGGAUGGCUUUGUGUUUGCACUAAACCAAGAAGGAAAAUUUUUGUACAUUUCCGAAACAGUCUCAAUCUACCUAGGCCUCUCACAAGUGGAGCUGACAGGCAGCAGCGUCUUUGACUAUGUCCACCCGGGGGACCACGUGGAGAUGGCAGAGCAGCUGGGCAUGAAGCUCCCCCCGGGGCGGGGCCUCCUCUCCCAGGGUGCCGCCGAGGACGGAGCCAGCUCAGCAUCCUCCUCCUCCCAGUCAGAGACCCCCGAGCCAGUGGAGUCAACCAGUCCCAGUCUGCUAACCACUGACAACACCCUUGAGCGUUCCUUUUUCAUCCGAAUGAAAUCUACUCUGACCAAACGCGGCGUGCACAUCAAAUCAUCAGGAUAUAAGGUGAUCCACAUCACAGGCCGGCUCCGCCUGCGGGUGUCCCUGUCCCACGGGAGGACCAUCCCCAGCCAGAUCAUGGGCCUCGUGGUCGUGGCGCACGCCCUGCCUCCGCCUACAAUCAACGAAGUCAGAAUCGACUGCCAUAUGUUCGUCACUCGAGUAAAUAUGGACCUCAAUAUCAUUUACUGUGAAAAUAGGAUCAGCGAUUACAUGGAUCUGACCCCGGUAGACAUUGUGGGGAAGAGAUGCUACCACUUCAUCCACGCGGAGGAUGUGGAAGGCAUCCGGCACAGCCACCUGGACUUGCUGAAUAAGGGCCAGUGUGUGACGAAGUACUACCGAUGGAUGCAGAAGAACGGAGGCUAUAUCUGGAUACAGUCUAGUGCCACCAUCGCUAUCAACGCCAAGAAUGCGAAUGAGAAGAACAUCAUCUGGGUGAAUUAUCUUCUUAGUAAUCCCGAGUACAAGGACACCCCGAUGGACAUCGCACAGCUCCCCCACCUGCCCGAGAAGACUUCGGAGUCCUCGGAGACGUCGGACUCUGAGUCAGACUCUAAAGACACCUCAGGUAUUGCAGAGGACAACGAGAACUCCAAGUCCGACGAGAAGGGGAACCAGUCCGAGAACAGCGAGGACCCGGAGCCCGACCGGAAGAAGUCGGGCAGCACGUGCGACCAGGACAUGAACUGCCACGACCAAGGACACAGCUCCAGCAACCCCGACAGCCGCGACAGCGACGACGACAGCUUCGAGCACUCGGACUUCGAGAACCCCAAGGCCGGGGAGGAAGGCUUCCGCGCGCUGGGGCCCAUGCAGAUCAAGGUGGAGCGCUACGUGGAGAGCGAGCCGGACCCGCGGCUGCAGGACUGCGAGCCGCUCACGUCGGACAGCGCCAGCGCCAAGGACUCGGACAGCGCGGGCGAGGCGGGCGCGCAGGCGGCGGGCAGGCUCCAGCGGCGCAGGAAGCGGCGGAAGCGGCAGAAGGGCGGCAGCGCCAGUCGCCGGCGCCUGUCCAGCGCGUCCAGCCCGGGCCUGGAGGGGGGCCUGGUGGAGCCCCCGCGGCUGCUGGCCUCCCCCAACAGCGCCGCCUCCUCGGUGCUCAAGAUCAAGACGGAGAUCGCCGAGCCCAUCAACUUCGACAACGACAGCAGCAUCUGGAACUACCCGCCCAACAGGGAGAUCUCCAGGAACGAGUCCCCCUACAGCAUGACCAAGCCCCCCAACUCCAACUCCGAGCAUUUCCCGUCCCCGCAGGGUCAGGGCGGCGGGGGUGGGGGCGGGGGUGGCAGCGGGGGCAGUGGGGGCCUGCACGUGGCCAUCCCCGACUCGGUCCUCACCCCGCCCGGCGGUGCAGACAGCGCGGCCCCGCGCAAGACUCAGUUCGGCGCCUCGGCCACCUCGGCCCUGGCCCCCGUCACCUCCGACCCCCUGUCGCCCCCGCUGUCAGCAUCCCCGCGGGACAAGCACCCGGGGGGUGGCGGCGGCGGUGGAGGCGGCAGCGGCGGCGGCACCGGGGGUGGCCCCGGCGCGCCCAACUCCUUGCUGUACCCCGGGGACCUGGAGGCGCUGCAGAGGCUGCAGGCGGGCAACGUGGUGCUGCCGCUGGUGCACAGGGUGACCGGGACGCUGGCGGCCACCGGCACGGCGGCGGCGCAGCGGGUCUACACCACGGGCACCAUCCGCUACGCGCCCGCCGAGGUGACCCUGGCCAUGCAGGGCAACCUGCUGCCCAACGCGCACGCCGUCAACUUCGUGGACGUCAACAGCCCGGGCUUCGGCCUCGACCCCAAGACGCCCAUGGAGAUGCUCUACCACCACGUGCACCGGCUCAACAUGUCGGGACCGUUCGGCGGCGCGGUGAGUGCGGCGGCCAGCCUGACGCAGAUGCCCGCGGGCAACGUGUUCACCACGGCCGAGGGGCUCUUCUCCACGCUGCCCUUCCCGGUCUACAGCAACGGCAUCGCCGCCGCACAGGCGCUGGAGCGCAAGGACGACUGA